GCAGAUGCCAAGAUGGUGUGUGACGUGGUCAGUCGCAUGGAGGACACAGAGCCGUACUCCGCCGAGCUGCUGGGUGCCAUGAUGCGUCUGUGGGCUGACUCGGGCAUCCAGGAGUGCUUCAGCCGUGCCCGAGAGUACCAGCUCAACGACUCGGCCCAGUACUACCUCGACAGCCUAGAUCGGAUCGGCGCAGCAGACUACCAGCCGACAGAGCAGGACAUACUCAGAACCCGAGUGAAGACCACAGGCAUCGUCGAGACGCACUUCACCUUCAAAAACCUUCACUUCAGGCUGUUUGAUGUGGGAGGUCAGAGGUCAGAAAGGAAGAAAUGGAUCCACUGUUUUGAAGAUGUGACGGCCAUCAUUUUCUGUGUGGCUCUGAGUGGAUAUGACCAGGUGCUGCAUGAGGACGAGACCACGAACCGCAUGCACGAGUCUCUGAAGCUCUUCGACUCGAUUUGUAACAACAAGUGGUUUAACGACACCUCCAUCAUUCUCUUCCUCAACAAGAAGGACCUGUUCGAAAACAAGAUCAUCAAGUCUCCGCUCACCAUCUGCUUCCCUGAAUACAACGGUCCGGAUAAUUACGACGAAGGAAUCGCCUACAUCAAGUCUCAGUAUGAAGGAAAGAACAAGUCCACCAAAAAAGAGGUGUACUCUCACGUGACCUGCGCCACGGACACCAACAACAUCCAGUUUGUGUUUGAUUCUGUCACAGACGUCAUCAUAGCCACCAACCUGAGGGGGUGUGGCUUAUACUGAUGCUGCCAAGGAUGCUCAGAUGCUUUAUUUCUGUGGUACCUAGUCAUGUAACCCGUGUGGGACUGAUUGGCUUGGUGUCGCCGUGUGACAUUUGGUCAAACGCUGUGCCUGAGCUGUGUCCUCCUUUACUACAGAGCAAACCAUGUUCCAGCUUGAUUUCACUCAUUCGCUGGUUGGUCAAAGCUUCUGCUGGCGUCUUUGCCUUAUUUAGUUCUUGACAACCUUCCCUACAUCAUGUUUUUUGUUAUUUGUUUUUUUUUUCACUUUUUUGACCUUUUUAUAGUUCUGUUUGCCAUAAAAAAAAAAAAACCCAGUUCCUCAACAACCCACAGGUCAGCAUGUGUAAAGUAUUAUUCUAGCUCAUAUGAUUAACCUAUUUUUUUUUUUUUUUUUGUAUUACUGAGAAUUUGCAUCUCAUUGAAACAGUUGCACUUCCUUUAUUGUGGAACCCUUGGCGCUACAGUAAAUUAAUACAUCAAGAGAAAACAAAAUAGUGCCGGUCUGUUUUACUUACAGCAGUUAGCGAGCUCUCUAAAGACAAAGUCUAGCAAAAGUGUGGGAUUUUCCAUCUUAUAAUUGAAACAUUCCUGUGUUAGCCAUGAUACCUCUCCAGCGUAUGAGUUUCAACAUCCUAGGUUGCUACACAGAGAAUUUAUCUGAGUAAUUUCUACUUACGCUGAAGAGACUGUUACUCCUCUCUAAAGUGUAAAGAAUUACUCUUUUGAUAAAAAUUAUUAUUAUUUAAAUUAAAAUCACAUAAUUUAGCAUCUUCAAGAUUCCGGCUCUUACAAAACCUCAGCAUAACUAACCAGAAAAUUCUAAUAUGGUAUCAGAACUUAAAAUAAAUCUUGAUCCAGAGUCUUGGAGGCCUGAAUCCCUGAGCUGUACCGGUGUGAGCCACCGCUCAGAGAUUAUGUGGCUGCUAAGACCUGCUACAUUCAUCAAUAAACAUCUGAAACAAACACUCUGGAUAAAUAAAAUGUUUUUGAUUUAUAUAAAAUAAGAUAAACUUAAUUAUUUUAGAAUAGAAAAGAGACACACUCAUUUAUGUCCAAAUUUGAAGCAUUUUCUAUUUUCCUUUUUUUUUGUGUAGAUCAUGUGACAGAAUGAAACAAAACUAAUAUCAAAUCAUACUAGAACUGAUAACUGAUAAUGCACAGUUGUUUUCAUCCAAAUGUAAUAAAUUUCCACUUUUUUUUACAAGGAGAACCAUGAUUGGAUUUUAUUUUUGAUAAGAAUCUCAUUCAAUAUGUUGUUAGCAGAGAGCAGCUGCCCAGGGUAGAGCCGUUUGUCACUUCCUUGGCUAAACUAAUAGGAAAAACCGGAUGCAGUGGCCCCAUUUUUAACCUGAGGAGGUCACCAAACCACCGACUUUAAACACAAGAACAGCAUUUCAACAAAUGUGUGGUGAAUUGUUAAAAUUAUGCCUGGGACAUGUAGACAUCACUAAUUUAUAUAGUUUGUAAUAUUAAAAAAAAUUUAUUUAGUCCUUUAAGUUUUUCUCAACUUCCACCCUUUACUGUAUACUGAUUGCUCUAAAAAGUUUCUCUCAGUCUUAUCAAAAGAAAGUAACUCUUCAACUCACAGUUAAGAAAAAACAGCUGUUAAAAAUACUUUGAACUAUUUUAACUGUGGAAUAAUAACCCGCCAUUUUUCCUGUGGAGUAGGCAAAAAAAUCUCAGUGACGUAUUAUGAUCCCGUUGCCGAUCUACACUGGACCGAACAGCUGGCAAUAAAAUCCUGAGAAAAAGAAAAAAUGUUUGUGCAUGGUGAGAAAUGCUUUAUUCCCAUGAUAUAGAGUGAAAAUCUGUUUAAAAUAAUUUACUUUUAGGGCAUGCAUUGAUGCAGUGGGGCUCCUCAAACAUCUGCUUAUAUUUGCCUAAUAUAUAAUAGUAGUCUUUGAGUCUCAUUAAAGGCCAUCUAUAUUGUAAAUGCAAAGUGACCUGGGGUGCUUUAAUUAUUUUUGAAUUCCUAUAGAAAUUCCAAUAUUCCUAAUUAAAACAUAAUCAGAUGAUUAUGCGCUUCUUUAUUUUCUAGAAAAUUAGGAAUUAAAGGAAGGAAACCAGGAUCGGAGCGGAGAGGAGGAUGCCAUCUUUGUCUCUUCUCCACAGGACUCAUGUUGCAUCGUGCAUGGGUCCAUUAUAGAACCACUUAAAACAAAGGGCUAACAAAACCUGCUGCUGACUCAGGCAGACAGUUCUUAGCUAGUGGCUGGAUGAAAGCAUCGAUUUCCCCCUGCCCUGAGACCACACCAUUAUCUUUGGUUGCUUUCAUAAUACUCUUAUUGUCCACUGUAAAAAGCCAGGGGUGAGAUUUUAAAGAUUAUAUCCUGAAUAAUGUAGACAGAUAUGAGCUGCUUAAAUUAAGAAAUAUUGUUAACAUGUUUAGGAAGGAUUUGCAGAAUCCUCUUUAAAGUUGCUUCGAUUAAACAGUCUGAUCUGAGUGGGUUUGCAGCUGUUAGUGCUCCUUAGUAAAUUUGAUUUCAUUGCGCAUAGUGCAUCAUUCAUCACUCCCAUCCUGCUAUACUCGGACAGGUGGGGUGCAUUAUUUAAACAGGUAGAUGGCACCAUUGCCUCGUUUGCCACAUUUGUAACAAAUUUCCUAAUUAGAGGCAGUGAAGUCCCCCCAGGCUGUUGAUAGGCCUGCUCUGCAUGAGUCUGCAUGUGGAUUUUCAGUGUCUGCGUUUGCUGAUUGCAUCCAGUAAACUGUGUGUGUGUUUGUCAUUUACCAGAGCAGAAAAGGUCAGCGUGCAAACUUGCAUGCAUGCAUGUGUAUGUGCUGUAUUAGUUACAACAUCGGCUCACGGGUGGAGUGCUGGAGCUAGUUUUGGUGGAUUAAUUACCCACAAGGCACCUGUCUACCCUUUACACUACCGCAAACACAGACCAAUGCACACACAUGUACUGAAGGCACUAAAAGCCCUUGGGUUUUUUUGAAAUGUCACAACACCUUCAUUUGCCAAAUGUCUCCAUCAUUUGCUGCUAAAAGCAUCAGAUGGAUUCAGGUCGUUUUGGCAAACAGAAAAACUGUUGUUUGUUGUGGAAUAAUGAUCUAUUAUAUAAUGUUUUUUAAAGAUACACCAUUUUAAGGAUAGUCUCCAGGUAGAUAAAAUUUUGUAAUUUCUUAUUUAAUGAAAAGAACAAAAAAAGAAACAUUUAUUUAGUAAUGAUGAAGCUGGCCAUCCUCUCCUCUCUAUGAAGCUGCAUAGCUUUGUAGGUUUUUGUUAAAUGUGUUCACCCACUGGGGCUCCAUAUCCAAAUUAAUAUACUGUCUUUAUUGCCGUUUCAUUAAAAGAAUGUUGAUCUGUUAAAAAUGUGGGUUUUCUGUUUAAAUUUUGGAACCCAAAGGGCCUGUAACAUUCAAUGGUACCAUAGGAGCACAGUUUGUUGUUUUUUCGUUGGUUUUCUUUUUAAGUUUCCAUGUAAUAUUUUUAAGUCCUUAGUUGUAUGAGGCCCUGCGAUGGACUGGCGACCAGUCCAGGGUGUACACCGUCUCUCACCCCUAGCCCUGGAGCACCAGCACCCCUCACCCCACUUGGGAUAAGCGUGACAGAAAAUGGAUGGAUGGAUAGUUUUAUGGGUUCAGUUUUAGCAGUCUAUUGCUAUGCUGCUGAGGUAGCCUGUGUUAGCCAGGCAUGCUAACUCCAAUUCUAAAAAGAAGCCAGCUGAAGAUGGUCCCAGAAAAAUGUCCUGCUGAUUUUUCCCUGUGCACAUCUUUAUUUGCCUUGGGGCAGAUGCCUUUGAUUUGAGCCGUUUCUUAUCAGUUUGCUUUAAGCGUUGUUGAGGCCGAUGGAGAUAUUCUUAAGCUUAGCACCAUUAAUAGUAUAACCCUAAAUUUGUUCACAGGUUACACAUAAUUUGUACUUAAAUUGUAUAAUUAGUGUUUGUUUUUUUUGUUGCCUACAUCUAUAUGGAUUUCUGUAAAUAUUUUUUUGAUUUCAAGAUUUCAGUAGUUGGUAUAUCUUUGGUUACAGCUCAUUGUUUUAAAGUUCAUGUGUGUCUUUGGAAAUAUCUUAGCGUACGUCUCAAACAUUAUUUAAGGGCUGUUACCAAGAGGAUGUGCAGUUUGUCCAAACUUGUCUGAGUGGAAAACAUCUAACAUGGCUCCCACUGAUGACCUUGCUGAGUCUUAAGGCAUUUAAAAGUGUUGGAUAAAUAGCUGGUCUUAAAGUUAGGAUAAAUGGAGGUAUUUCAGCAGUUAUUCACACUGCAUAAAGGUAAUUACUUUAGAAUGCAUAAUUAAGCCCCUCGUAGUAUGUCAUAUUUUUGCACUGUUCGGCUCUUCAAUCAUAUGUUUUCAAGUUGAUAUUAUGUUAUUUAGGCCACCAUCUUACCCUUUUCCAUUUAGCAGAAACGUGUAUUUUCCAAACUGUUGUUUUCUCAAGUGAAAUUAAGCGAGAUUCAU